AUGGAUCGAUUUCCUAAAUUCGACAUAGUAGUGGAAGCUCCAGUUUUGCUCAAAAUGUGGUAUAACGACCUCAAUACGUUUCACAAAAGAGACCUCAACAAAUAUGUAGGGGCCUUAACAGAACUCAUCAACAUGGUUGGAUGGCCCGAACUUAUUGAAGUCCUCACAGGCUAUUGGGACAACGAGAAAAUGGUGUUCCAAUUUGGAACCAUGGAAAUCACCCCGACAAUUGAGGAAAUUCGGGACGGAAUAGACACAGUCGGUACAGGGCUUGAAAGAAGAGUAAGGAAACGGGAAAAUAUCUUAAUCCCCAACAAGCCUACUCUCAAGGAUAUUAUAAAUUGGCUCGGACUAAGAAAAGAUUGUGCCUUUUGGGCCGAAGGUUCUAGCAUUUCUUUUAUGGAUCUCUAUGUUAGAUUCGGGGAUGCGAGCUUUUUUGUGAAUUACAACCAAGAGUUCAGGGUCACUUUCAGAGAAUGGGACGGGAUCAGACCUUUGGCAUUUACCAUUGCACUAUUAGGCACCAUGGUUUUUCCACACGGCCCGAGCCUCAGUAUCAAUACCCGGGUAAUAAUGCUUGCACACACUCUCUUCCACGGGCAUCUGAACCAAGGGCAAAUAAAGUAUCAUCCUAUUGCACCUGUCAUCCUUUCCGACAUGUACCGUGCUUUGGGUAAAUGCAAGGAGGGGCAUCGUUACUUUCAGGGUUGCAACCUUCUUCUUCAAUGGUGGAUAAUGAGUCACUUGGUGAAGAGACAUGGAACUCAAGAACUCCAUACCCUCGAUGAACAUAAUGCUCUUAAGAGUUUGAAUGACAUGUUGUUCUGGGCAGACUUGGAAAAAAGAAGAACUAGAGAAAGUUGGGCUCAAAUUUUCUCUGAGUUGAGAGAAGAGAACAUCCAAUGGAUGUUCGACCGUUUCAUCUCGAAAGAUGCCAUAGUACGGGGCGACAGACAACUUGUGCUUCCUCUGCCAGGUAUUCGAGGUAUUCGCCCAUAUGCACCCAUUCGGGUCUUGAGACAGUUUGGAAGAAGACAAACUACACCUCCAGAAGCAUACUACCGUAUCUAUGUGUUCGACAUCGGGGAUGAUAGAGUGCCUGAGGCUUCAGAGAUGCUGAGAGAAUGGAAAAGAGCAGUGUGA